CAUAUAAUGCCGGAAGUGUUGUGUUGACAUAUGGAAAAAAAGUGUCGUGCAAGCAACCUUUAACUUUGCUACAUGGCCCGCACAGCAACGUCUAUCCUGUCUUGACUUGACUGGCUGCUCUAAAAUAUUGUAGCCGAAAUCCACAUUUAUUUGUGACUUUAUUAUGAUUCUACUGAAAGCCAUAAAAGUCAAAAGUCUGUUGCUGUCCGCUGUUCGUCCGCUGCUGUCCCGGCGUGAUUGUCUUCUCCAGCUGCUUCGCUCCAUGGCCGCCGCCGGUUUUGCUGCGGACAAGAUGGACAAGGCAGCGAGGGCCGGCAAGCCGCUCAGGAGGCUUAAGAUCAAGGAGAGCCGCGACAGGCGAGGAGACGCCCACGGACCUUCCAACGUGUACGUGCAGGUGGUCGGCGCAGGGAGCAGAGACAACCCCGCGUCCCUCUACGUCUUCUCGGACUUCAACAGGUACUUGUUCAACUGUGGUGAAGGAACGCAAAGACUCAUGCAUGAACACAAACUGAAAGUGUCUCAUCUGGACAACAUCUUCCUGACCAGGAUGAGCUGGGAGAACGUUGGCGGUCUGUCAGGGAUGAUCUUGACCCUGAAGGACACGUGUGUGCCUGAAUGUGUCCUCUCUGGACCUCCUCAGCUGGAGAGCUACUUGAAGGCCAUCAAGACCUUCUCUGGGCCGCUGGAAAGCAUCAAACUUUCUGUUCGUCCCUACACUGAAGAGACGUACAGAGAUGACACCAUGAGCGUCCAUCAAGUUCCUAUAUUUGUUCAUCGUGUUGUCUUUUCCCUUUCUACUUCUUGUUCCUCUCGUUCUACUAUUUUUUUCUUCUUCUUGUGUUCGAUCUUUUUCUUGUUAUUGUUUGUGUUUUACUUCUUGUUCUUCCUUUUCUUCUUCUUCUUCUUCUUCUUCCUCCUCAUCUUGUUCUACGUCUUGUUCUACUCUUGGUUCUUCUUGUUCUUCUCCUUCUUCUUUGUCCUCAUGUUUUUGUUUGUCUUCUUGUUUUUCUUUUUGUUGUUGUUCUUUUUUCUUCUCUUUUCUACUUCUUUCUUUUCUUCUUCUUGUUCCUCAUAUUGUUGUACUUCUUGUUCCACUCUGGGUUCUUCUUGUUCUUCUCCUUCUUCUUUGUUUUCAUGUUUUUGUUUGUCUUUUUGUUUUUCUUUUUGUUCUUGUUCUUUUUUCUUCUCUUUUCCUUACCUAUUCCUUCAUUGUUCUUCAUUUUCACUGUCAUCGUUUUCAUCAUCUUCUUACUAUUAUUCUAAUUUGCUAGCAGCAUCCCCAGGAAGGAGCUCCUCGCCAAGUCCCGCCUCCCCCAGCAGGAACGAGCAAGCAGCAGCUAUGCCAGGAAGGAGCCGCUCGCCAAGUCCCACCUCCUCCAGUGGUAACAAGAAAGCAGAACAAUCAAAAGCUACAAGAGACUCAUCUCUAGUUGUCGCCUUUAUCUGCAAACUUCAUCCCAAGAAAGGAAACUUCUUAGUGGUACAGGGGAGGGAUCUUGGACUUCCUGUCGGCACGCCGGCGAUCGGGCCCCUCAUCGCCGCCCUGAAGAGCGGGAAAAGCAUCACGUACGACGGCAAAGAGGUCCGGCCAGAGCAGGUGUGCACGCCCACUGAUCCUGGAGCAGUCUUUGUGGUUGUGGAUUGUCCUUCUUUGGACUUUGUCCAGCCUCUUUCGGACAGUCAGCACAUAUCAAGGUAUCAAAUCGGGGGAGCUGAGGACCCUCCCGCCCUAGUGGUCCACAUGACUCCAGAGUCUGUGCUGAAGUCUGAUCAGUACCAGAAGUGGAUCGACAGGUUCCCGCCCACCACGGAGCACCUGAUCCUCAACGAGCACGCCAGCUCCGCCCACAACGUCCGCAGCCACAAGAUCCAAGCCCAGCUCAACAUGAUCCACCCACAGAUCUUCCCAGAACUCAAGUCUUGGCGAGCUCAGGAGCCAGAGGCUGCUCUCCAAGUGUCCCAUGUGCGCGCUGAGUGUCUUCUCAAGUUCCAGCUGCGACCCGUCGUGGAGUGGCAGAGAGACGCCAUCCCGUCCUGCAACACUGAGGACGUUGUCAAAGAGGCAUUUGACGUCCCCAAUUUCCUGCAAGAAGUGGAGAAAAUACGCCUCAACGUGGCAGCAGAACCCACUGGCCACCAGGACUAUCCUGAGCUGGUCUUCCUGGGAACCGGAUCCGCUCUGCCCAUGAAAAUCAGAAACGUCAGCGGCACUUUGGUCCACAUCAGCCCCAGUCAGUCGCUUCUGUUGGACUGCGGCGAGGGAACCUUCGGCCAGCUCUGCAGACACUAUGGCGACGGGGUGGACGAAGCGCUGUCGAAGAUCUCCACCAUCUUUGUGUCCCACCUGCACGCUGACCAUCACACAGGACUCCUCAACUUGCUGUACCAAAGAGAACGAGCGCUGGCGACUUUAGGGAAGGCGUGGAGUCGCGUCUUCCUGAUGGCUCCCCCAGACAUGAUGAGCUGGCUGAGGCAGUAUCACCACAGCUGUCAGGAGAUCCUCCACCACGUCAGCUUCAUCUCCAACGAAGUCUUGUGCUUCAAAGGCGACGCGCCGACGCCAUGGAUGCAGACGUCCCUCCGAGCGCUGCUGAAGAACAACAGCCUGGAAAAGUUCCAGACGUGCAUGGUGCGUCACAGCAAGAACGCCUUUGCCUGCAGCUUUACUCACCAGUCAGGAUGGAAGCUGGUCUUUUCUGGAGACACCAUGCCCUGUGACAACUUGGUGCACAUGGGGAAGAACGCCACCUUGCUGAUCCACGAGGCCACGCUGGAGGACGGUCUAGAGGAGGAAGCUGUGGAAAAACGCCACAGCACGACGUCUCAGGCCAUCGACGUGGGCUUGAGGAUGCAGGCCGACUUCAUCAUGUUGAACCAUUUCAGUCAGCGUUACGCCAAGAUCCCGCUCUUCAGCGAUGACUUCACCGAGCGCGUGGGGAUCUCCUUCGACCACAUGCGGGUUCGUCUGGGGCACCUGAAAGUCCUUCCCCGACUCAUCCCGGCACUGAAGACCUUGUUCGCCGAGGAGCUAGAGGAGAUGGAGGAGAGGCGAGAACGAAGGGAGCUGAAACAGCAGCGAACCUGCGACUUCGACAAGCUGAAGGAGGUCCAAAUGGGAAGAGGCGCCAAGCGGGACCAGGAGCACGCGGCCACUCCAGAAAACAAAAGACUGAAAAGCCACUGAGAGUCUUUGAUGGAGUUAUUUUCACUUAUUUUAUGUAGAAUGAACAUUUUGAUUUGGUUUGUUUUCAUGCAGUGUUUAUUUUCUGAAAGCACUUCAGCUUGUUCUUGUGCAUUAGUGAAGAUAUGUUUUGAUUUGUAUUGCUCUUUGCGCUUGUCACACAGAAGGAUGAACAAACUGCAACGAGAGCUUCAUCAUUUCAAAACUCCAAUGCAAAAGAAUACUACCAGCAUGUAUUUGAUAUUAAUAAAGCACCAACACUGUUGUAAGAAGCGGAA